AUGCAGCUCGAGCAGGAAUUCCAGGCGCGUAUUGCCCAAGCAAAAGAAGCAGCACGUUUAGCUUCAAUUGAUGCAGCUGCACGAAGCUCUAACGUAUCAAAUAGACUGUCAUUUGCAUCAACUGUAGCCACUUCUGAUGUUCCAGUCCAUCAUGUACCAAAUGCUGACUCAUUUACGACUUCGAUCGAGUCAUUUUCAAUGGAAAACGUCCCUUUUGAGGUUAAAAAUCGUAUUGAUCGACUUGUAGAAUUUGUGGCUCGUAACGGGGACGUAUUUGAAGCCACUGCUCGAAAAAGGGAACGAGAGAAUCCAGAUUUUGCGUUUUUGAGACCAGGUGGACCCUUUUCAGCUUAUUAUCAAUGGAAAAAGCAGCAAAUGUGUCGACAUUCCUCUCCUGCCGCAGCUUUUACUUCUUCGGACCCUCCACGAUCAUCAUUUGAUGCCUCAAGUGCUACUGCAUCGACUCUAUUGGGUACAACUGAUCCUCUGGGAGAAAUGUCAGUGGGAGCAAUGGCUAAUGUUUGCAAGUAUGCAAGAGCCAGUGGGGUCCAGACGUAUACUCCAAUCCCUCAUGAUGUUAUCAGGAAUGUGGGGAAUUUGCCUCCCGUGGAACCAGCACGACUGGAAAUCCGAAUGUCCGAGUUUUAUCGACAUGAAAAGAAAAGUAAUCGACGAGAUUGA